AUGGAUAUUUCGAAAUUACUUUCAAAUCAGGAAGAGAAUGCAUCCGGCCCAGGUGUAAGGAAGAAGUCGACGUGGUCUUCAGAGGAAGACGAGACAGUAAUAAAGCUCCGUGGAAAGGGACAGACAUGGGAUAAAAUCAGCAAAGAGAUGACUGGUCGAAGUUCCACCAGCUGUAGGCUGCGCUAUCAGAAUUAUCUAGAGAAGAAGACUGAAUGGACCGAAACCGAGCUGGCGAACCUUGCGGAAUUGUAUUCUAGACAUCGUGAAGACAUGUGGACCAAGAUAUCAACAAUGCUGGGCGUGUCAUGGGAGAAAGCAGAAGACAUGCACUGGGUGAUGAAGAGCACGGAUCGCAUUGCCCGCCUCUACUCCAGCGAGUGUGAACAUAUGUGGAAGCAGAUAGCGAAUGAGAUGGGCUUACCGUGGAAGGCGGUGGAAAAAAAGCACUGGCACAUGGACCUGAAAAGUCCUCCUCAAGCAGGAUGA